UCUGCGAACGGUCACCCUAAAUAAAUAAAAGACAAUUUCAAGCGUAAAAUAAACCCUAAAAAGUCAAUGAUUCGCUCGAUUUGUGAAUUGUGCACCCAUCAGUGAGUGGGCAAAGUGCGGCUGCCGACGUGACUGCCCCCAGGAGCCCCGAGUACCGCCCAGGAGCGGAUCGUGGGUCGCCAGAGGAGCCGAGGAAGUACAGCAACAAUUGUUAUUUUUCGCCCGUCGAUUUUCAGGGGGAGGGGGCUACGGACAUCAGCCCCUUCGGUUUCUAAUUGAAUUAAAAGAAAAGGGGGAGAGGCAAUAAUACCCAGGUCAGUCCAAUAAAAGCCAGGCAGCAUCGUAAUGGUCUUCAUCCGGGAUCCCUGCGGCAUCGCCUGCCUGGUGGUCACGUACGGGGCAGUUCUCUACGCGGACUAUGUGGUCAUCCGCUGGAUCAUCUUGACUACCAUGCCGGGCAGCCUCUGGAUGUCCUUCCAUGUGGUGCUCUUCAACACCGUCGUCUUCCUGCUGGCCAUGUCCCAUUCCAAGGCCGUGUUCUCCGAUCCGGGCACCGUGCCCCUGCCCGCCAACCGACUGGACUUCUCCGACCUGCACACCACCAACAAGAACAAUCCUCCGCCCGGAAAUGGUCACAGCAGCGAGUGGACCGUUUGCACUCGCUGCGAAACCUACAGGCCACCUCGUGCCCACCACUGUCGCAUCUGCAAGCGGUGCAUCCGGCGUAUGGAUCACCACUGCCCCUGGAUCAACAACUGCGUGGGCGAGCGCAACCAGAAGUACUUCCUGCAGUUCCUCAUCUACGUGGCCCUGUUAUCGCUCUACUCCAUCGCCCUAAUCGUCGGCUCCUGGGUGUGGCCAUGCGAGGAGUGCAGCCAGAACGUGAUCGAAACUCAGUUGCGAAUGAUUCACUCGGUUAUUCUUAUGCUGGUGUCGGCGCUCUUCGGCCUGUUCGUUACGGCCAUCAUGGUGGACCAGCUGCACGCAAUUCUGUACGACGAGACGGCCGUGGAGGCGAUACAGCAGAAGGGCACCUAUAGGCCCAACCGGCGCAAGUACCAGCUACUGGCCGAUGUGUUUGGACGCGGACAUCCGGCGCUGUGGCUGCUGCCCUGCACCAGUCUGAACCACGCCUCCCGCUACCACGAUACGCCUCUUCUGAGCCACGAGGUCUAGGGCCAGGAAAUAUUCUUUAUAUUUUGUCCUUGUGUUUAUUGUGCGGCCAAAAGAGCCCGGGAAUGUUUUUAGUUUUUAAUUAUUGUGUGAUUUUUUUUAAUCAGCCUCCCCACCCACAGCCAGUCAAAUUGAUUCGUAUUUCGUAUUGUGUAUUAUAUGCAGAUUCCAACUUAAUUUAUGCUUUAGUUUAUAAUGGUUUGAAAUUAUAAAUAUAAUGAAAGCAGCGUCGCGGAAAGAAGGAGCAUACUCAAAA